GAGAGAGAAGGGACUUUGGCUGCCUCUUUGAGACCGAGCGAUCCGGAGAGAGAGAAGGGGGCAAAAGAGAGGAGGGGAGCGAAAAGAAAAGAAAGGAGCGAGAAGAAAAGAAGUUUUCUCAAUCGCGCCUCUCCAAGCCGUCUUUGUUAUGAGUCUCCUCGCAGCCUCGCCCGAGAGAGGAGGAAGAUCCCGGUCCUGAUCCGAGCGCGGGCGGUGCUCGUCGGGGGGGCGCGCUCCCCUCCCUUCCCCCGCCCGGAGACGUCGAGUCCGGCUCGGGACGCCCGCUCGCCUCUUCUGUCCCCCCGCGGCCGGCCGGCCGCCUCGCCUCGCCUCUCCUCCCGGCGGCGCGCCCGGGGGAGCACCUCGCCGGUCCCGAAGAGCCUCCGGAGAGCUGCCCUUCCGCCCCCCUCCCGCGCGAGAGCCCCCCGAGCCGGCCGCGUGAAUGUACAACAUGAUGGAGAGCGAGCUGAAGCCUCCCGCCCCGCAGGCGACGCCGGGGGGAGGCCCGGGGGGGAACGGCGCCUCGGGGGCGGCCAACCCGAAGAACAGCCCGGACCGGGUCAAGCGGCCGAUGAACGCCUUCAUGGUGUGGUCGCGGGGCCAGCGGCGCAAGAUGGCCCAGGAGAACCCCAAGAUGCACAACUCGGAGAUCUCCAAGCGCCUGGGCGCCGAGUGGAAGCUGCUCUCCGAGGCCGAGAAGCGGCCCUUCAUCGACGAGGCCAAGCGGCUCCGCGCCCUGCACAUGAAGGAGCACCCGGAUUACAAAUACCGGCCGCGGCGGAAAACCAAGACGCUGAUGAAGAAGGAUAAGUACACCCUGCCGGGGGGCCUGCUGGCGCCGGGCUCCAACUCCAUGGCCGGCGGCGUGGGCGUCGGGGCGGCGCUGGGCGCGGCCGGGGUCAACCAGCGCAUGGACAGCUACGCGCACAUGAACGGCUGGGCCAACGGCGGCUACGGCAUGAUGCAGGAGCAGCUGGCCUACCCGCAGCACCCGGGCCUCAACGCCCACAACGCCGCCGCCGCGGCCGCCGCCGCCGCCGCCCAGAUGCAGCCCAUGCACCGCUACGACGUGGGCGCCCUCCAGUACAACUCCAUGCCGGCCUCGCAGACGUACAUGAACGGCUCGCCCACCUACAGCGGCAUGGCCUACUCGCAGCAGGGCGCCGGCCCGGCCAUGGCCCUCGGCUCCAUGGGCGGCUCGGCCGUCAAGACCGAGGCCAGCGCCAGCCCGCCCGUCGUCACCUCCUCGUCCCACUCGCGGGCCCCCUGCCAGGGCGGGGACCUGCGGGACAUGAUCAGCAUGUACCUCCCCGCGGCCGAGGUGGCCGAGCCCGCCGCCCCCAGCAGACUCCACAUGGCCCAGCACUACCAGAACGCGCCAGUCCCCGGCACGGCUAUAAACGGCACGCUGGGAAAGGGAAGAAAGGACGCCGAUUUGGUUUGUGGGUUGCGGGUCGAGCUUCUCCCACGUCGAGGGCGCAGGCCGAGGGUUCCGAACAACCUCGAUCCGGCGCCUGUCCGCUUGGAUCCCGAGGGAUCCCUCCCUCCCCCAUCGAGCGCGCGCGGGAUCGCGGCCCCGGUGGCCAGUCUCUUCUGA